UACAGAUACGUGCAUCUGAGCAAGGACGGCAAGGUUAAGAAGCAAGAGAAGGCUGCCCGUAAGCUGCCUGAUGGUGCCCUCCACACCCCCAAUGAAUUCUUUGACAGAAAGGCCUCCAUCUACAAUCUGCCUCCAUUGCCCCAAGUCUUUGAAAACAAACUUGAACAAAAUUCUCCGUUCUUUAGACAGGGUUAUAUUGGCAACCUGUUUGUCGAAGGCGAUCCUGCACAGUGGAAGCAUCUCAAUAAGGGAGGAGCAGAAUUUUAUCCAGAACCUAUCAAGGUCAAUGUUCAGUACAUUGGUGCCAACGAUAAUAUCAAGAUUAAUGACGUACGCUUCGACCUGUCCGGUCAAUCGGCCCGCGAAUAUGCAAAACUGGCGUAUCAGCUCAAGUUCCCAAAGAAGAACCGCCUCCUUGAUCUAUCCACGCUCAAACUCCGUAGUGAAGAGACGGAUGCGACAAUGAUGCGCGAGAAGCUUUAUGUUGACAUCCUCAACUCCCUGGGUGUUCCUGCACAGCAGGCUGCGUACGUGCGCCUGUUCUUUAACGGUGAGCCUGUGGGCCUCUACGUCGCUAUGGAGGAGACGAAGAAGCACUGGAUCAAGAAGGUCCUUCAUCCGGACAUUAAAAAUGUAAAGCUCGGCGCUCUCUGGAAGUUGAAUUCGUGUUGUGGUCACGAAGCCAAUCUCGAAUGGUUAGGCCCUACAUCCAAGAGCUACGUCGUUGGUGACAUUUACAAGAAUAUUCUGCCCGGUAACAAUCCCGCGGAUGAUCCUAUGCAUGAUUUAAUCCAAUUCAUGAAUGACCUCAAACAUUAUGAGCCUUCAAAGGUCCAAGAUCCCAUUGCUUACUGGGAACAGAGACUUGACUUGGAUGGGUUCUUGAAGAGCAUGGCCAUGGAAUACCUAACUGGUUCUUGGGACUCAUACUGGAACUCUGGCUCCAACUAUCAGUUCUACAACGAUCCCGUGACAGGAAAGUGGACAUGGCUGCCCACAGAUUUUGACGAUACCUUUGGUACAUCUUACAAUGGCAAGAUGGGCUCGUAUCGUGCGAUCCCCAAAAAGAACAGCAAGGGCUUUGAAUCCCCACUGGCUCAAAAGCUCAUCAUUGAGACACCACAGAUUAAUGCUCGCUUUGAGCAGAUUCUCAAAGAUAUUGUCAGCUACGUCUUCAAGCCCGAUGCUCUGAAUCCUCGCCUGGAUGCAUAUCAAGAAAUGUUGGCAGAAGAUAUUGCCUGGGAUCGUGCCCAGCCUAGAUUGUCGAAGGGUAAGAACCAUAAAUUUACGGCUGAGGAUAUGUCAAAGGAUUUGGAGAAUGGAGCAAAGGGUGGCUGGGGUCUUAAAAAAUGGAUCGGACAGCGCUCCGAUGGAGUCCAAAAGGAUCUCAAGUUCCAAGCUCUUCAGGGUAGUGAGUCUAGGCUCCCAUACCACACAAUGACCAAACUACACUCUGCAUAUGGCAUUGAUGCGUCACAGAGCAAACCUCAAGGAGAAAAAGAACAGGAGCAGAAGCCAAAACAAGAACAAGAUCAGGGUAAAGGGCGAGGACAGCAAAAUGGUGUCUCAAUUGAAAAGGCCAGGAAUCAAGGUGACGAGAAGAUCUUGAAUUCGGCGGUAGCUCUCAAUGGCAAUUGGCUUGCCCUCAGCACAAUGCUCGUUGUUGUGGUGCUUGCUCUUUGA